UGGAUAGUCCCUAACAGCUUGUUCCACCUGUUUCGGAUGAUUUGGGUUGACUGGUGGACCAGUUUUAUUCUGCCAAGAAUAUAGGCGGGAUCGGUUUUUAAACCGUUAAACAAUAUUGGAUCAUGCAUGAAGUAUAUUAUAAUAGGUGGCAUAGUGGGUGUGGCAAUUAUAUCUGGAAUACUGAUAGGACUGGGUGCGUCCGGUCGACUCUCUAAUAAAGAACAGGAACCAAAUGCCAUAUCCCCCGCAAAUGCAUUGACUGCAGGUUACAAAUCUGAUGCUAACGCCCAAAACUCCAUUAAUUCUGUGUCACGUGAUAACAGUUUACUUCUAGCGGGAUUGGCAACUGCUGGUGAUGUACAUGAUAGGAUUGAUGACAAAGUAGAUAAUGUACAUGAUGCGUCUCCCGAAGAGCUGUUGCAAGAUAUCCAUAGUGCUCUGACUGCCUUUAUGGGUCACUUUGAAGUUGACAGUAAUGAUAUGCUUGAAACAAUUCAAGAUGAAAUAAGUGAUGCAGUUGAUGAUGAUGAUGAUGAUGAUGAUGAUAAUGCCGAUGAUGACGAUGAUGAUGAAAAUAUCGACGAAGGAACAAGCGAUGAAAUAGAACUGCCUGACGUCCCCGAAUUGGAUGACGACGCCCUCGAACUGCCAAAUUUAGGCCAGGCUCCGGAGUUUGAAAAUACCGAGCUUCCGAGUUUAGGGGAUGCCCCCGAAUUUGGUGACGUGGAAAUUCCAACAUUCGACGAUGCUCCCGAGUUAGAUGACGUGGAAAUUCUGAGUUUCGGCGACGCCCUUGAACAUGACGGUAUUGAUGAUGCUUUGGGAGAUGCUCCCUUAUUAGAUGACGUGGAAAUUCCGAGUUUAGGCGAUGCUCCCGAAUUUGACGGUAUUGGUGAUGCUUUUGGCGAACUUUCUAUUGAUGAAAUUCCGACUUUGGGAGAUACUCCAGAAUUAGGUGACGUGGAAAUUCCGAGUUUAGGCGAUGCUCCCGAAUUUGACGGUAUUGAUGAUGCUUUUGUCGAACUUUCUUUUGAUGACAUUCCGACUUUGGGAGAUGCUCCAGAAUUAGGUGACGUGGAACUUCCAAGUUUAGGCGAUGCUCCCGAACUUGGCGAUAUUGGUGAUGCCUUUGAUGGACUUCCUAUUGAAGAAAUUCCGACUUUGGUCGAUGUCCCAGAAUUAGAUGACUUGGAACUUCCUAGUUUAGGCGAAGCUCCAGAGCUUGAUACUACUGAUGUAGCUUUUGACGGACCAUCUGUUGGUGAUGCACCAGAUAUGGGGCUAUCAGACGAUUUGGACUUAUAUUGGGGUCUUGACGGUGCUCCUGGGCUUGGAGACGUGGAACCUCCGAGUUUCGGCGAUGCCCCCGUUUUAGGCAACGCUGAACUUCCUGAUUUGAGCGGUGUUGGUGAUGGACUUUUCGUUGGUGAUACACCAGACAUAGGACUAUCAGAUGGUUGGGAGUUAGGGGACCUUCGUGGUGGCUUAGGUGGCAACCUAGAUUUCGGGGACGGACUCGAUUUUGGGGGAGGAAUGCCUUCUUUUGAUCUCCCCGAUUUUGGUUUCUAAGAAAAGUGUGCAUGGGAAUAAUUAUUACAAUGGCUAAAGAGAAUAGGUAGCCUUAAAUUAGAAACCCCGAGAUAGAUUUGUAUUAGUUGGUGUUUAUUUUGAUUAUUGUGUAUUUUAAUCACCAACCACAGACAUUUUUAUAUAAUUUUGCAAUAUUUUACAAUUUACACCAUGAUUAUAGCUUUGUAUAUAUAGUUAGUAUUUACAU